GGCGGCGGCGGCCAUGGCUCCGAAGGGGAAAGGCGGCGGCAAGGCCGGCAAGGGCGGCGAGAGCGGCGGCAGCGAGGGCAAGGCGCAGGGCCCGAAGGGCGGCGGCAGCUCCGUUAAGGUGCGGCACAUCCUGUGCGAGAAGCACGGCAAGGCCAUGGAGGCCAUGGAGAAGCUCAAGGCCGGGGUGCGCUUCAGCGAGGUGGCCUCGCAGUACAGCGAGGACAAGGCCAGGCAGGGGGGAGACUUGGGCUGGAUGACCAGAGGCUCCAUGGUGGGACCCUUCCAGGAAGCUGCGUUCGCCUUGCCUGUGAGCAGCAUGGACAAACCGGUGUAUACGGACCCUCCUGUCAAAACAAAGUUCGGGUACCACAUUAUCAUGGUGGAAGGCAGAAAAUAAAGCGUGAAUGACCA